GCGGCGGCGACGUUGUCGGCGGCGGCGGCAUGAGGAGCCGCUGCGGGUGCCGGCAGUGAAUGGGCGUCGCGGCGGAGCGGGCGAAUCCGGAGCCGGCGCUGCCGCGAUGGCUCAGGAGAAAAUGGAGCUGGACCUGGAGCUGCCGCCGGGGAGCGCCGCGGCCCCGAGCGAUGGGGGCGGCCUGAGGCGAUCGAACAGCGCCCCGCUCAUCCACGGGCUCAGUGACAACUCGCAGGUUUUUCAGCCGUACGUGUUGCGGACUCGCAGGAACAGCACAACAGUUAUGAGCCGUCACAGUAUGUUGUUGUCAUCAUCUCCUAUUCGUAUUCCUAGCAGCCGACUUCAUCAGAUCAGAAGGGAGGAAGGAGUGGAUUUAAUGAACAGAGAAACAGCACAUGAAAGGGAAGUGCAAACAGCAAUGCAGAUAAGCCAGUCAUGGGAGGAAAGCUUGAGCCUGAGCGACAAUGACUUGGAUAAGUCUGAGAAAUCCUCUUCCCCAAAGAGAAUAGACUUCAUUCCAGUUUCACCUGCACCUUCCCCUACAAGAGGAAUAGGAAAGCAAUGUUUUUCACCAUCAUUGCAAAUGUUUGUGAGCAGUAAUGGAUUACCUCCAAGUCCUAUUCCCAGUCCAACAAGGAGAUUCUCCAACAGGAGGAGUCAAAGUCCAAUCAACUGUAUCAGGCCCAGUGUUCUUGGCCCCAUUAAAAGAAAAGGUGAAAUGGAAACUGAAAGUCAGCCAAAGAGACUGUUUCAAGGAACAACCAACAUGCUUUCUCCAGAUGUUACACAUCUGACAGAUCUCAGUUCAUGCUUGUCUUCAGAUAUUCUUGAUGGGAGUAGCAGCAGUGUUGGCUCUUCCUCUGAUUCACUGACAAAAGGCAGCAUAACCACAGAGUCUCCAGUAACAUGCUCAAACUCGUGCUCUUCAUUCAUUUUGAUGGAUGAUCUCUCACCUAAGUGACUUAAGUUCUGAGUCAGUGUCUGGCUGUGCUGUUCCCUUGCUGUACACUUGUACAGAGAAAUGAACUCUGAUCCUUGAACCAUUAACGUGAGGAUUAUUAAAAGGAAAACUGUAAUCCUUGGUGACUUUCCAGUGAUUUUGAUUUAUCCAUUUAAUGGACAUUGUAGACCAUGUUAAUGUCUGGUUUUGCAAAUUUAUUUUUUAAACAAGAUGUCUGCUAAGAUUAUAGUAACUUUUUGCUUUCAGGAACUUGCAUACACUGUUUGAUUCCAGGAAUAGGUAUAUGCCUAUUAGUGUUGCAAUUUUUAGGAAAAUACUUCUGUCAUUAUCGUGGUCACUAUGUCUAGGGAAAUUAUUUGGUUUGGAAGGAUUUGAAAAUACUAAUUUAUUUUCUGGCACUUCUACCAUUGAGUAAAACUAUUCUCCUUGUGCUUUUUUUUAAAUUUUUUUUUUAAAUUUUUUUUUAAUUUUUCCAGUCAGUAGCCUCAAACUCUUAUAGAAGGGAGGGGAAAAAAAUCUUUUCUUUUCUUAGUGCUGCUAAUUGUUUUUAUUACUGAAGACCACAGCAGGUCUGGAAAUCCCUAUUACAUUAAAAAAACCCCAACAAAACCCAUAACAAAGUAAAUAAUGAGUGGCACAUUUGCCAUCAGUGAAGAAAUUACAAUAUGAACAAGAUUAAAAUAGCUGCAUAGUUCUGUCCCCAUAUCCUUUAUCCUACAGAUUGCAUGAAAGAAGGUCAAUACUCAGCAAGAUUUGACCAAGGAAAAUCAAUCCAUGCCUUGAUCAAAGACAUACAGUGCAGAUAAUUAAGUUAUUUAAACUACUGUGUAGGAGAACCAUCUAUGGCACCAUCGAUGUCUCCUGUGGCAUUGAGGUCAUAGGUAUUUUUGUGCCUUAGGGGACAUUGUUACAGAAUUAUGGAAUGUAAACCAGAGGGGUGGGUGGGAAGAGUCCUUUGUGUACAGCUUGCUCGUGGAGUGCUUACCAGGAUCUGUUGUUGCUUUCCUUAGAGUUCCUUCCCAAGGUCUCUGCUCUGUUGCAAGGUGCUGUGGGCAGCCCCAGUUCUGCUGUGAGAUGGCAGCCAAAGGAACACCCCCUGCAGCUUUUGUCUCUGUUGGUCAGGAGCAGGGCAAGCAACUAAGUGAACAUUCAUUUUCUAAGGAAAGACUUAAAAAAGUUUGGCUUGAACAUGAGCUCUGCAAGUUGGCUGAGGAGUUGUUUGAGCUCUGAGUAGUCUUGACACAGUACCUUGGUCAGUCUGAGGUAAGACAAAAGGUAUUUUACUUUUUUAAGACUCUAACGGGGCAAAAUAUAUCCAUUUGUAAUCUACUGUGUUAUGCUAUUUAUUAUUUAUAACUAUGUAAAAAGUCUGUGGUGAUGAAUUAUAGUAUUUUUUUAUGAUUCAGUUUUUUAUGUUCAGUAAUUGCUGGCUGGUUUGUAUUUAAUACACAACGUUGUCUGCCAGAAUCAUAAGCUUCCAUUUGCGAAUGUUUGUAACAUAAAUGCUUUUGUUAUCUAAAAGUACAACUUCUGAUCUUUUUGAAAGAAAAUAGCACUGAAUUUAAAGUAAGAUUAUGUGCUUUAAAAGUGAGCACAAUCUCUGGCAAUACUGUCUGGCUCAAAAGGGGAAGGGGAGAACCGUAGAUUUUUUUUUUUUUUCUUUUCUGAAGAAGCUGUUGAGUUUCCAGAAGACAUGUACAUACCAGAUUAUUUUUAAAAGUGUUUCCAUUAAAUUGUAAGAAGUACUAUAAUGGGCCAACAGUGGCACUAUUAUUUGUAUUAUCAGUUUCACCUGUGGAGCUUUAGUUUCCCACCUCAAAUAAAUGUGCAUAUUGUAAAAUACUGUCGGUCGGUGCCAUUUUUAAAUGAGCUCUACAAUAUUGAAUGUUAAUUUUAUUUGUAUAUGCACAGUGCUAUUUCUUGAUUUUUCUUUUGAUGUCUUAAAUAGCUUAAUUAUUUUUUUAUUCAUGCUUGUAUCUUCUCUGCUUUCUUGAUGCUAAAAGAAGGCUGCUUUUACGUUUGCAGAAUACUGAUAAAAAGUCUGUGAUGAAGCUCAACCUGUUACCUGUGCCCCAGUUCCAUUAUACCAUGCUUUUAUUGGUACUAUGAUUUAGAAAUCUGAACAAGGGGUGGCAGAAGAGUGAAACCUAUUGCAUGCUUUCUUAAAACUGAAAAGAGCAUAGCUAUUGCUUAUUUUUGGCUGACUUACCUGUACAAUUGAUGUAUUCCAGAUUUGUUUGUUAGUGGAGAGUCUUAUAUUAGUGCUGGCCUUUGUAAACAUUAGAAUGUAAGCUUCAUAAAGCAAACGCACAAAUA